CACAAUCAUGGACAGCACCUGUCAGUUGAUCAUCUAUUCACACUACAAGCACAUUUCUCCAUCCGUCCAUCCGUGGGCCCGUCCACCUCCGUCCGUCCCCUGAGCAUCAUGCGAGCGCUGUGGGACAGCAGCUGGAUGCGGUUUGGACCGGCAGGCAGAGGCUCGUACGACUGGGCGACAGGAGCGCCAUCCACACAGGAGGAGCAGGGCAACAGCUGGGAGGAGUUCGAGCUGGGAGAGGAUAGAAAGACGGAGCUGGUGCUCUACGUCGUCGUCCCGGUCCUCUCCGUCCUCCUGCUGGUUCUCCUGGUCGGUUUGGUUUACCGCCAGUGUUCCCGCAGCAAACUGACCCUGGCCAACAUCAUCGCUCUGGCCCUGCAGGACGCAGAGAGGGGCGCCGAGAUCCUCUCGCCCCUGACCAGGAACGCAGAGCGCCACACCAGCACCAGCUCCGAUGGGUCGGACGGGGUCUACGUCAUGGUCUACCUGCCUCCGCCCUACGAGGAAACGCUCACCAAGAUUAGCCGGGCCGCCAGCCUCUCCGGCUCCAGAGAUGUGGAGUUGAUAAAGAUAGAAGACCUGGAGGCCAAGCUGUGUCCAGAGCUCAAAGCCAGCCGCCAAUAUGUGUGA